AUGUGCCAGCCGUUUGUGCGCCAAGCGCUGGUCACCGGCAACUUCAAGACCAUUGUGCAGCAGCCCAACUAUGUCGACACCAACGAGUGGCUGGCGCUUUACGCACAUGAGUUCUUCGCACUACUCAACUCCUUCUACGACGCCAUCUCCGAGUUUGUGACCCCACAGGCCUGUCCCACCAUGAACGCCGGUCCCGGCGUGGACUAUCUGUGGAUAGACGCAUCCAAGAAGGCGGUGCGACUGCCAGCAGCCACUUACAUUGAUUACACGUUUUCGUGGAUCACGUCCAAACUCGAAGACAAGACCAUUUUCCCCACAAAGGUGGGGGUGCCGUUCCCGCCGCAUUUCAUCAGCAUUCUCAAAAACAUUUUCCGCCAAAUGUUCCGUGUCUUUGCACACAUUUACCACAACCACUUUGACAAAAUGUGCCAUCUGGGCAUCCAGAGCCACUGGAACUCUCUGUUUACCCACUUUAUCGGGUUUGUCAUCAACUUUGAUCUGAUUGAUGAGAAGGAACGUGAGCCUCUGCAGCCUUUGAUUGACUCACUCGAGGCCCAGGGCAUGUUUUUGUAA